GAGGGGUAACAGGCAGAGGGGAGGGGGUUGAUACAAGGUGGGGAAGGACUGCACGACUAGGAGCAGCAUGGGCGACCAGGAGAAUUAUUAUGGCAAGCAUGGUAAGUGAGGGAAGGCCCUUUAUUGCCAUGGAUGCGUUUAUAGAACGCUGGGAUAUUCUGCAGAGCUGGGUGCACGGGGUGGGUUUAAAUAACUUAGUGUGAUGGACAGUGACAGUGGGGUAUGAGUGCUUGGAUUCCAGGAUUCUAACCUGUGAAUGCAGAGUUGUUUGCUUGUGGUGUUAGCAGCAAGGGAGUGGUUGUAAACAAUGAUAUUGAUAGGAUAUAAUAGGCGGAUUUUAAAAGCCCAGCACUGUCUGAGCCUGUCCUGAUAAUCUGCAGUCAGGAGGUCUCUGUAUAUUAUAUAUAAACCCAGCACUGUCUGAGCCUGUCCUGAUAAUCUGCAGUCAGGAGGUCUCUGUAUAUUAUAUAUAAACCCAGCACUGUCUGAGCCUGUCCUGAUAAUCUGCAGUCAGAUCGCCUUACAUUAGAUAUAAACCCAGCACUGUCUGAGCCUGUCCUGAUAAUCUGCAGUCAGAUCGCCUUACAUUAGAUAUAAACCCAGCACUGUCUGAGCCUGUCCUGAUAAUCUGCAGUCAGGAGGUCUCUGUAUAUUAUAUAUAAACCCAGCACUGUCUGAGCCUGUCCUGAUAAUCUGCAGCCAGGAGGUCUCUGUAUAUUAUAUACAAACCCAGCACUGUCUGAGCCUGUCCUGAUAAUCUGCAGCCAGGAGGUCUCUGUAUAUUAUUUACAAACCCAGCACUGUCUGAGCCUGUCCUGUUAAUCUGCAGAUACAAGCCCAGCACCUGUACUGAUAGGUUACUGUACGUUCGAUGUAAAUUCCAGAUGUAAAGUGAUAGUGAUUCACUAGGAUUAAGAUCUACUCCCAAGCAGCUGGUCCAGGAAUCAGUGAAGAGGCUUGGUGAUAAGAACUCUAAUUACUCCUACACCAUAUGUAUACAAAUUGGAAUGUUAAUUCAUGGGAGUUCCCAUGAGCCCCUGUAGUGAAGUGACCAUUUUGAGUGCAACUUUUUAAAAUUAAAAUCGUUGGGGGGGGGGGAAUACUUCAAAUCUAGUGGAGUUUAUUUACUAAACUUGGAAUAUUUGGCUCUGUUGCGGAUCACGAAAAGGAAAUAUUUUAAUUCUAUGAAUUAACAAAAUAAUUACAUAUUUUAAAAUUUGAAAAAUAGCUGAGUGGGAGAAUUCUUCAGUUUGGAUAAUAUUUCAAGUAAACCUCAAAGCUUGUGUUUAUUCACUAAACCCCAAAGUUCUGUGAAUUGAGAAAUGAACUGCAACAUUUAGGAAAACAUAUAGCCUGGAUUUUGAAAAUCUAUGUUCAGUUCACUUCAGUUCAAUUUCCUUGUUUUUUUUUUUAUAUAGGAUCUGUACAUUUUUACCUGAUUUUGUGUUUCUGUAAAUGAUAUUAAAUAGAAAUUGCCAAAUUUUAUUAUGUCUAAAAAAUGUUUCCUUUUUCUGGGAACUUUGUAUACAAGAGAAAUACAUAGGGUUAUUCCCUAAGCUCUGAAAAGCUUUUUUUUUGGGGGGGGGGGAGAAUCUUACUAUAUUCUGCCAGUUUGGGCGCAGUUUAUCAGAGUUUGAUAAAUAUUUACAUUUAUCAAAAUCUCUCUCUCUCUUUCUGACAUUUGUUCCUCUAAACUAAACAAGCACGUUUUGCGUGAUUUAAAUUAAACCCUGAAUCACUUAAAUUAACUAAGAGGGCUAUUUACUAAACUCUGACUUUUUGGAAUUAACUAUGAAUGGGAAAACAGAGGCGGAUGAUCUAGAAAAAUGAUGCAGUUUAGCCGUAGUCAAAGCUUUUUCGUUACAUUUUUUUUUUUCAUUGUUUCUUUUUUGACAUUUUGGAUUUAAUUCACAAAGUCAGUAAUAUUGACAUUUUGGCCAAUGAUUCUUUGGUGAAUUCUCAACAAUUUCCAGUUAAGACAAUUUAUUAUGACUUAUUCUCUAAACAGUGGAUUGUAGCAAAUUCAAAAUUGCAAACGUAAACUAAAAUUGAUAAUUUAGGAAAAUUUUCCAUCUUCGCUAAAGUCACCGUGCAGCUGUUUUUGUCACUAAAAUUUGGUUACUCAUAUUUCGACUUGCUACAAUUCAGAGUUUAGUAUAUAAACAUCCCUACAAAGGCACUUCCUUGCUCAUAGAAUCCUCUAUACUACUACGGUGUCUAUGGCACCUACUGAUACAGUUAUGUCAGCGAAUGAGGCUGCUGGCUGCUUCUGUUACUUAAUCUCAGUCCCAUGUAAUCACACUGGGUAGCUGAGGUCACCAGUGUAACAGCUGCAUUAUGGAAAUUUUUCAGAUUAGAAGGAUAAAAGUAAGACUUAUGUAUCUGAUCUUUAGUUUGAAAUUUAAAGGCCAUUUCUUUGGAAAGAGAAUUCAUAUUUCCAAUCUCGUAUGUUUAUGAUUCAUACACUAAACAACAAACUAGCAAAUUGCAAUAUAUAUUACUGUACGCAAGGCAGGUUACACUUCUCAGCGUAAGAACUACAGGAAAUCUGGAUGGGGGCAUCCUUUCAUAACCAAUUUAAUUCCAGCCCCUUUAGGAGCAUACGUUAAACGAUAAAUGAUAUAUUAUCACUGGAGACUUUUUUAGUUUCAGUUGAUUGGGAUAUAGUCCUCUUUAAGUUACAUACAUAUGUUUUAUUCUUAUUUUAAAUGGAUACUAUUGUGUUAUUAAAACGAACCUGUAUUUCUAAUGCUAUAGCGAUCUUCUAUUUAUUUAGACUCAGGGCCCCUAGAUCCUAAAGAAAACAAAUUGUGGGAAAAGGUUUUAUUUUCCUUUGUGGUUUUUUCUCGCAGCGCCAAGAACCAAUUUCUCACAGUGGAGAUCUGCAUCCGGCAGGCAGCCACUGAAGGGGUAUUUAACCCUGAAAUGUAAACAUUGCUGUACAUUGCAGGGUUAGACCUAAAAGACCACUGUACCCUGGCCACCUCAAUGAGAUAAAGUGCCUUUACUGGUCCUUACAACUGUGAAACAUAUGAUCCAAAUUUCUACACAUGGAUAACGAGGUGGGAAUUUUAAAGGGAAACUAUAGUGCCAGGAUAACAAAAGAUCCCUACAGUGCCCCACUUCUGUCAAUUACCAGCGCCGAUGUUCCUACGAGCUAGUUUGGGCUGCCUUCGCUCCCCGUCGUUGAUGUCAGCUGGCAGGGGAGAUCUAAUGGGCAUGCGUGGCAAUGGCCACACUCGCAUUAGUAUUUCCUUAUAGGAAAGCGUGUAUAAUGCUUUCAUAUGGGGUUUUACAUGACGCUGGAUGUCCUCAUGCGAAGCUUGAGGACUGUAUCGGAGCGGCAAUAUUAAAUCCCACGAUCUCCGCUGGUUCAGAAGGUAAUCCACAGUCAAGCGCUGAAAAGUAAGGCAAUAUCCCAAAUCUCCCAGUAACCGGACGAAACACAGUUCUGAGAGUCAACUGAGGCUUUAUUCACAGGCUCCACAAUUUAUACAAUUCCCCAUGCAAGGUGUUUCCUGAGUCCUAUCCCAGGGGUAUUCCAGGGGUGGACUACGUGGGGAACUUACAGUACAGAGCAUUUCUCCCAUCAGGCACUGCUGCACGAGAGGGAUACUCCCACUGGAAUGUACCGUUAAGUGGAUUAUCCCUCCGUGCAGCAGAACCAGCAAUUUACAUUAAAAAAUACAACUUUUCGAAUAUUAGGUCUAUUUGCACGAAUCGACGUUCGGUAGAUAGCUGGGGUCUGAGCGCAUCAUUCGUGAGAUUACCGCUCAGAUCCCAGCUAAAACAACCGAACGCGGUACGAAAAACACAUUCACCAAAACAUGCAUUUAAAAGACAGAUUGAUAUAUGGGGAAUAAAAUACCGAACGACCUGGAAGUCCAGCAGUGUUCGCGCCGUCUAGUAGCCGUUUUUAGUACCACGCACUCGACGACCAAACACUGCUGGAGGAACAAAGGAUCCAAGAUGGCCGACCGCCGCGUGGUCGGUAGUCGACCGACGGCCACCUAGGAGAGCCUCUAAUUACCGAUUGCAACAUUGUUGCAAUCGGUUAACAAGCGCCACACAUCUCUUAAUGUGUGGGCUAUUACAGGGGGGAUUAUUCGGUUCACGAAUGGCCCGCAAAGGUGCCGUUCGUGAAACGAAAUGACAUACAGCUAUCUGCUUUCGGCAGAUAGCCAAUGCAGGCAAUACAACACUAUACAGUCAGCAUACAUUACACCCAGGAACAUACACAUCCCCCCAACCAUACAGGCAACCCUUAAAGCCAUAGUCUCUGUAUAAUGUCCAAGUGGCUAGGUCUGCCACAAGAACGUCCAUCACAGGGCAACCAAAAAUCGCCUAACGACCUGCAAAUUCCUCUGGUAGACAGCCACUAGAGGUGGAGUUAACCCUGAAAUGUAAUGAUUGCAGUUUCUUUAAAGCUGCAAUAAUUACCUUUGCAGGCUUAAGGGACCUGGGAAUAUGUACCCAAACAACUUAAUUGAGCUGAAGUGGUUUGGGUGCCUAUAGUGUCCCUUUGAAGCGCUCAGCCCUCCCCACUAAAUUUUCUGUGGGGUAUUUGUUGCCCCAAGUUCAUUAUUCCCACAGAAAGAGCUAUAUUUGAUUUGUAAAAAUUUGCCAAUUUGCUCUACUGUUAAUACAAUUAACUAUUUAGUGAAUAGACCCCUAGAAGGGUACACUGCUUAAAUCAAUAGUAACAAUGAAAAGUAUAAUGAUUUUGUUCUCCAUUACUGUUGAUGUAUGAUUAAUGUUCCUCCAUUACUGAAAUAUGUAUGUACAUCUCAAAGCCUUUUCCCAUUGGAGCUGCUGGAGAGUUCUUCCAUGGCAAAGUUUGAACCUCUUCAAAUCCUAAUCCAUUGGAUUCAAUGCCUCCCUUUUGAGAAGCAUUUGAUUGGACAAGUUGCGGCACUUGCUGCGCAUGCUUGUCUCUUCCUUUUGUUUUUCCCCAAAAUUUUAUUGAGGGGGGAGCUCCUGAUUUUAAAUAUGUAGGAAAAUGGGAAUACUUGUUUGUAUUCCUAAUGCUCCAGAAUUCCUGUAAGAAAUACAAGCUGAAAAAAUUAUCUACUUCAGCUAUUUCUCCAACUUGACCAUUCUGGCCCACAAUGCAAUUCUCUUCUCAAGUGAUGAUUUAGUAUAUAAACCUCCAAGAAAUGUGAACCGGCAGUGCAACAGAAUUAUAAAUAUAUAUGCUAUAAGGUGUGCAAAUUUUUAUAUAUAUAUAUAAUCAUUUUUUAAGUUUUUGACCUAUGAAUUGCAAGUGGCAUUCCAGGAUUCCAUUGUUUAGGAAAAGAGUUAACCAAAAAAAAAAAUAUCUUUUUACAAAUAAGAAUUUAAACAAUAAUUGUCAGAAACUGUGAGAUGUGCAAGAGGACACAUUGAGGUCUAUGGAGGAUCAUGGGUUCCUCCAUAGAAAGAGCUUAAUAUCCUUACAGCUAUCACUAGUAACAGAGGUUUGAUGGCGGUAAUUCUGAGACAAAGUGGUGAUAUUCCAACACAGUCAAUGUGAAGAAUUCACAAAGAUUCUAUUUUUUUUAUGAAAUAUUCAUUUUGGAUUGGGAGGGUUGACAGUGCUUCUUUAAAGAGAUCCUAUAGUGCCAGGAAAACAGAGCUGUUUACCCUGCACUAUAGGUUUUUAUGGAGCCUCCCUCACGUUCCCCCUCCCAUGGGAUUGAAGGGGUUAAAACCCCAUUAGACACUUACCUGAAACCAGCGCCGAUGUCCCUCAGCCCUGGGUCAGGCCCUGCCCACACUCCUCCCACGUAAUGUGCAUGCUUUCCUAUGGGUAAAAUCUGACCCUGGAGGUCCUCAUGCUGAGUGCGAGGAUGUCUAGCAUCAGAUAAUGGACAAGAGCUCUGUUUGGAUUCCGGGAGCCGUCUGGUGGCUGUUUGGUAGACAGCCCCUAAGGGCAGUCUUAGAGCUGCAAUGUAAACAUUGAAGUUUCUCUGGAACUAAAAUGUUUGACAUUGCAGCACUACGUGCACUAGGGACACUGCACCCAGACCACUUCAAUUAGCUGAAGUGGUCUGGGUGCCUACAGUGUCCCUUUAAGCAGACUUCGAGAUGGUUCUGAAUGAAGCUCACUUGCUACAUAUCUGCAUAUAUUCAUAUAUAUAUAUAUAUAUAUAUAUAUAUAUAUAUAACGCUGCAGUCUUCAUUCACCAACUAGCUAGAGCUGAUCUAAAAGGUCUCAGAAGUCUCUGUAUAUUAUAUCACUGUCUGAGCCUGUCCUGAUCAUCUGCAGUCAGGAGGUCUCUGUAUAUUAUAUAUAAACCCAGCACUGUCUGAGCCUGUCCUGAUAAUCUGCAGUCAGGAGGUCUCUGUAUAUUAUAUAUAAACCCAGCACUGUCUCAGCCUGUCCUGAUAAUCUGCAGUCAGGAGGUCUCUGUAUAUUAUAUAUAAACCCAGCACUGUCUCAGCCUGUCCUGAUAAUCUGCAGUCAGGAGGUCUCUGUAUAUUAUAUAUAAACCCUGCACUGUCUGAGCCUGUCCUGAUAAUCUGCAGCCAGGAAGUCUCUGUAUAAUAGAUAUAAACCCAGCACUCUCUGAGCCUGUCCUGAUAAUCUGCAGUCAGGAGGUCUCUGUAUAUUCUAUAUAAACCCAGCACUCUCUGAGCCUGUCCUGAUAAUCUGCAGUCAGGAGGUCUCUGUAUAUUCUAUAUAAACCCAGCACUCUCUGAGCCUGUCCUGAUAAUCUGCAGACUGCCCAUAUAUAUUAGACAGCUCUGUCUCUCUCUGAUGCUGUCAUUGUGUGUAAAUAACAGGCUCUGUGUGUAUGUACACAAGGCGUGGAGGGUUUGUAUUGCAGUCUAAUUAAUCAUGAGCGUAUAUAGGCCACACAAAUAGCCACUUUCCAUUUCAAGGAGCUUAAAGGAUCACUGUAGUGUCAGGAAAACACUAUAUCAUCCUUAGGGUCCCCCCACCCUCAGGGCCCCCAUCCCUUUGCCCUGAAGGGGUUAAAACCCCUUCAGCUACUUACUUUAAUCCCCGCUGACGUCAGCUCUCAAGUGGAGCGUAAUGCGCAUGCGCAGCAAGAGCCGUGUGCGCAUUCAAACAGUCCAUAGGAAAGCAUUUCUCAAUCACAGAAACGCCUCUAGCUGCUGUCAGGAAGACAGCCACUAGAGGCUGGAUUAACCCUGCAAUGUAAACAUAGCAGUUUCUCUGAAACUGCUAUGUUUUUAUAUCUGAAGGGUUAAAACCUGGGGGACCUGGCACCCAGACCGCUACAUUGAGCUGAAGUGGUCUGGGUGACUAUAGUGUCCCUUUUAUAUAUAAUUUCUAUAUAAUUUCCAAAACUAACCACUGGCAACUUCGUAAGAACGUUUCAGCUGCUGGCAAGACAGGGUUAAAACAUGUUACAAAUUUUACAAAGGUUUGGUUUCUAAAGUCCAGAGAUACAAAAUUUAACUUCUUCAUAAAUGGAGCUCAAGGUUGUAGAAGCUUGGCCACAGUAUUGACGAAUUCGGUGGGCAGUUGAUUGAGGCUCUGGGCGAUGUACUGUAUUAAUGCUCAGGCUGAGGAAAUAGUCUGUAAAGACAAGAUUCAUCAAGACCAUAUCAAGUUAUAGCAGAGCCUUAUUCUGUGUCAACACAUGUUUUGUGAGAAAGCUUAGUUUUGAUGAUGACAGAGGGAUUUUUUUUUAAAAUCCUUAUCUACAAGGCUGCUAACACAACAAUGUUAUAAAGUCACUCUUGUGAUGAUACUGUAUCAAUGGCCUCCUGCAUUAGUGCAGAUUUUUAUAGUCUGACUGUUGAGGGAGGAAUUCCAGGUAAAGGGUAAGAGAUGAAGUGGCUUUCUUAAGGCACACACCAAGCAUGUACACGAGUAAUGCAUAUGAGUAGUAAUGGAUUCCCUGAAACUCCUUGUGAGUCUAUAACGCACUCCUGUGCCAGGAUUUGGGGAUCAACAAAGCACUGCUGGCAUGCCUCCGGCUGUUCAGAGCGUUGCCACAGGCUUCCACAGAUACGGAACGCCAGAUCUUCGGAAGAUCUUCCACCAGGGGAAGAUAUCCAAAGGCUGGGGGCCUGGUGGGAAUAACCAUGUGUGAACCACCUAAUUCAUCUCCAAACUACCAAAUCCCUGUCCAGACAACCACCAAACCCCUCCUACUGCUUCAAGAGCAGUAGGGGGGUGCACUUCUUUGUUAAAUGUAAUGUACCUCCUUUAAAUCUAAUAUUAUUAUUAUUAUUAUUAUUAUUAUUAUUACUUUAAAAGUCAUUCAUUGAUAAUCAGAGGCGCAUUAUUCUUUCAAACGUUUUAGGUUUUGACAAACCAAUUACUAUUUAGUCCAAACAAAUAAAUUAGGAAGAGGAGCGAGUGCCUACCUGUGUUCUGUUUUUCGUUGAUUACAGUCCUACCUUAAAGGACCACUAUAGUGCCCUGAGGGUGCCCCCACCCUCAGGGUCCCCCUCCCGCCGGACUGGAUAGAGAGGAAGGGGUUAAACUUACGUCUUUCAUCAGCGCCGGGUGGGGAGCUCCUCUCCUCCCUCUUCUCCUCCUCUUCGGCUGAAUGCGCAUGAUUUUCACAGUGAGAAGCACGCAAGCGCCUCUAGCGGCUGUCGAGACAGCCACUGGAGGCUGGAUUAAUCCAUUUAUAAACAUAGCAGUUUCUCUGAAAAAAAAAAAGAGGUUAAUCCUGGCUGGACUUGGCACCCAGACCACUUCAUUAAGCUGAAGUGGUCUGGGUGUCUAUAGUGGUCCUUUAAAGGUGAACAUGACCGUAUCUUAUUCGCUUUUCAUUUUCUUCAGCAAUAUCUGUUAAGAGUAAUGAGUAUUAUAGUAAUUAAUAAUAUAGUAUUAGAUUAAGAUGCUUAUAUGGAAAAUAUUUUUCUGCUAAAGAGCCAGGAAUAAAAAUCAAUUUGUGUAAUUUUCAUGGUAAAAUCAACGCACUGGGGGGGCGGGGCCUGACCGCCAAACCGAGCGGACGCACUACACAUCAGCUCCAGACCAAAAUUCACAUUAAUGCCCAAACUCACUGCUCUGUAGCCCUUUCAGGCUGAUGACCUACGACCGGAGGCUCCUGGGCAUCUCUAGAAGCAAUUAGGGAUCCGUAGCUGACUUGCGGCAGCCGACAGGCAACAAUUGAGGCCUGGCCUAGGGCCUUGCUGGGCAUACCAGGAGUGCGACAAGGGCCCUGUUUCCCCCCCGUGGUCUGGUGGGGGUUAUCCCGGACCCCACCAAGAUAACACUCACCUUGGUAAAGCUGCAAACAAGCAACCAUGGCUACACAGCCUGCAGAGACACGAAUCAGCCGGAGCUCAUCCAACAUGGCUGCCAAGCUAAGGCCAGAGAGAGGGAGCAUGGGCAGCCAUUCACACUCUUAUUCCCUACAGGCCCUUGACCGGCUCUGCUCGAGCCUAUGCGUGAUACUAUGUGACGGCGGAAUGCCAUACCGUCAAGCAACCUGUGUGGUGGCCUCAUGGAUUCGUCCUGCGACCCGCCGGCGCCAUUAUGGAUUCCCACUGCAGACCUUCAAAGCGACCAUCCAGCCACGCAAGCAUCGAUGACCACAAUGGCGGGAAAGGGACCCAAGCGACCCGUGCGCACGCGCCCGCUCCCACACACAGGAUCGAGACCGCCGGGCAACCCCAAAAUCCAAGCAACAUACCCAAGUGCAGAACCUCAGGCCAGCAUGUAACCACUUUGUACUCCAGGGCUAAAGCGGAGCAUCACGCCGCAGCACAGGAGAAAACUAAGCAGAACCCAGCUGGAGCUGGGUCCACACCAAGGGACUCCAUGCAGACCACUGAGACUACUUACCCACAAUGGCCAACCCUGAGGGGGUACCUACCAUGCCGCACAAGUGCACAUAGCACCCAAGAGACCCACACUCGGCACCAACAGCCCAGCAGGGCAGGCAUCGGCUGACCACGGAUGAUCCCACAAGCUGAGGCCCAGACACCUCUCUCUGGCCCCGGAGUGGAUUCCUGAGCAACAGCACUGACUCUCUGGGCACCGGGCUAUACUGCCUCACAGACUCCUCUCUCUCUAUAAAACUGCAUAUGCUGUUGGCGAACUAUGAGUUGGAAGCGUAAGCUCAAGUGAAGUCCUACUCACACCCUGAUCUGCCAGGCAAAACAAAUCGUUUAACAUUAAUUUAACACUGUUUUUCUUUUACCUUAACAUGCUACAUAGGCAAGUAACUUACAACACUAGCCUGCUUCACAUAAGUUAGCGACACUUUACUAUACUUUAAUCACCGUGCCUGGCUAGCCUCCCUGAGUUAAUAUAAAUGUAUAUUCCAGCUUGGACAUGUGGAACUAGCCUGCUCCCACUCGAGAUUUAACUUAAUUUUACUCCACUGUCGUCUAGCUUAGCGCACUUAUAACUACAUUUACUGCAUAACGAUGUGUAGCCAGAAUCUAGGAAGGGAGUGUUUAACCCUGUCUACCCCAGUUACAAACUGCCUCACCCUAGCCUGAUUGUUACCCUCAUUAUCAACGAAGUUAUUUUAUGUUAUGGAAGAGACUAAGUAAUGAUAAUACACACUGUUUAUUACUCGACGUAAUCAUCUAUAUGUAUAGAAAUGUGCUAGCCUUAACAAGUACCUCCCAUGCCUUACUGUUUGAAAUGCGCUAGAGGAUUGCCUUUGGGGUACCUCACAAGCGACUGUUACAAACUUACGCACUACAAAAAUAAAGAAUUUAAAAAAAAAAAAUCUACGCACUGACCAUUGAUCUUGGUAUAGUUUGUAGUCAAGGCUUUAUAAACGUGCAGGGUCAGCACACACGGAACAUGAGGCUGCCACAUUUAAGUAACUAUAGAGUUAACUUGGGUUUUGGCAAAUAAGCCAAUUCUGAAUCACAGAAUUCAGCAGUAGUGCAACUGACCCGCCUAAAGAUUCUGUUCCAUCUCGCAUGUGCUGGCUGGCUGUAUGACCUUGGCACUGCUGCUGUUUAUUAAUGAAAAAUAAUAAAAAUGUUGUUAUACUCAGCCACUCAGCUGAUGGAUUACAGGUUAAACUAAUAAUGAACUUGUAUGGCGAGAAUUUUGCGCCGUAAAAUGAUUAUAAUUGCUGGUAUGUCCUGCAAGUGGCAUAGUGAUGGCAUAAUCUGGGCAUUUUUACACUUUGGCUUUCCACUUAUGAGCGGCACCCAAUUUGAGGCUUCCUGUUUCAAGCCUCGGACUCAAAUGUAUGUUGAGGGGGCAGAGCUGAACUGUGCCGGCGACUUUUGGGUUAAUCCGUUUGUUACCAGUUUAAACCCUGAAGAUAAGGUGUCGCCAGGGCUGGUUUAAGAGCCCACUGGGCCUGGUGCUGCCAAUUAUGAUUUUUAUCAACAGAAAACACUAAACGAGUUAUAUCUCCCGAGCGUCAUGAAUCUGGUGCUGGAGGGAAGCACACAGGAUAUAGCUAUCAGAAAACGCAUACCCUAUGCUAAUCUCUCACUUUCAUAUUUCAAAUAAAUCCAUACCCCCUAACAGCAGUGUCCGGUGAAGCAAGAUUACGGUGGGCGGGGUAAAAGGGUGGGCCACUGAUGUGAAUCACGUAACCAGGACCGCCCAAAGGGACAAACAUAACCAAAGAGGGGGCAUGUCUGCACGAAGAAUUUGAUGGACAGUCUGGCGUGAAUGCAUGUCACACUGCCUGCCAAUCAUGCAGGAUGUCCAACCAAGGGCAUACUGCGCAGACAGCACCAUGAGCUUGGCAUAAAUGCUUCUAAUGAUGCAUUAUCUCUACGCUUUCUAAAGAGUGUCCCCUAGCACUUGCUGGUUCACUCCUCUCUUAAUCUUCUUACUAACAGGCAGCAGCUCCUGUGAUACAGUCUGGGACAGAUAGAAAGUGUAUGUAGUGAGUGUAGAAGAAAAGGAACAUGUCACAAUGUUAGAGAGACUGAAGCAGCAAGGGUAUUUGCAUAGUGUGCAAAGUCAGCUUUACAUUAACUAAUUUCGUUGUCAGCCAGUCCACACGUUUGGUUCCUCUACAUCGAUCUUAAGUUUCCAUACUUAGGCAAGAGCAUGUGAAGAGUACUAAAAAAAAUUCUUAAUUUUUAUUUUAUUUUUUAUCAAUGGGCCUAUUCCAUGGGCAUGGGCCGGGAGCUGCAACUCCAUCAGCCACUAUGUUAAUCGGGCCCUGGAUGGCACCAGGGACCUGUUGGAACCAAAACAGCUAAAUUCCAAUGAAGUUAUAUUACCUACAUGUUUCUUUAAGUUGUUAUUUAACAACGUCAUGAAAGCAUAAACACUGUGCCAUAUCCAUUGAUAUGUUAGAGCAGCGUCCCCUGGGCAAUAAUUCUGCCUUUAUAUAGAAGGUUUAGGGUACACCUGCCAUUUCGAAAGCCUUAUUGUGAUUCUCCAACUCUCUAAACAUGAGCUAGCCAUAAGUUUAACACUAACAGUGUUAUUUUUGAUGGUGCCGCUCCUUGUGUGUGUUUGCUAUUUCAAUCUUGUUGACAUAACGCUCAGAAUUUCAAUAAGUAUUGUCAGAAUUUUUACAUUCCAUGCAUUAAUAGCAAUUUUGUGUGUGUAUGGCUGUCUUGUAGUUCAUGAAGGGUUCAGUAUAACUGUGUGGUUAGGAUAGCCUAACGUCUAUGAGGGCAAUUUGCAUGGUCGUUCUAGUUUGGCAAUGUGAGGAAGAAGGAUACUGGUUACAUUUUGGACAGAUUCACAUCUCUAGGGCCUGUAGGCACCGACGGCUCAGGCUCUCCUACCUCUCCACCAAAAAAACAGUUCUUUGUUUUGGACGGCUCUAUGGUUUGGAAGAGGCAAAAAAAAGUCUUGUGGCAAAAUAAAAAAUCCAUGAAAUUAUGAAAGGGAAAAACAUACAUUUUGUUCUUAGUGGAGGCACCUCAAAUUCACAGGCACCUAUAGGCAGCUGCCUACUCGGCCUAUGAGCAAUCACUGUAUAUGUGCUUGUUACACUGUAUAUGUGCUUGUUACAGGAGAAUGGUGUAACUGUGUGAUGGAGAUUCUAAUGCUGUUGGUAACCUAAAAGAAGGGGGGAGGCUGGUUUUAAUUUUGGCUACACUAUAUCUCUUCCUGGAUACAGUUAUGGUGUAACUGAGAAGAAAGUGAGGCUGAUUCUGGUGUUGCUUAAAGAGUUAAUAAGUGAUUUGAAGUGGUCAUGGUGCCUGGAGUCUGUAUAUGCAGCAUUUCACUUUGAUACGCAGCACAUACAGAGGUUACCCCAUCUGAUGUCUGAGGUGUAAUACCACCUCUGGUAGUGUCCUUAGCUAUCCUGGAAUUAAAGUACCGACCUGGUGUGUGUGAAUUUGUGCAUUUUGGACUUGUCGUCGGCAGGUUGGCGACAGUUGUCCAGUGGCAGCUUGGCUAACCUCAGAUAUUGACCCCGGCUCUCGAACCAAGAUUUUAUCUUUCUUUUAACCCAGCAAGGAUUACUCUAAACCAGAGCUUCCCAAAUACCUGUAGAUAGUUCCUUAGGCGUUGUAGAACUACAAAUCCCAUGAUGCUUUGCAUGCCUUUAGAAUGACAAAGCACCAUGGAAGCUGUAGAUUUAACCCCUUAAGGACACAUGACAUGUGUGACAUGUCAUGAUUCCAUUGUAUUCCAGAAGUUUGGUCCUUAAGGGGUUAAAACAUCUGGGUUCUAAAUAUUGGGCACCUGUGCUCUAAACAAAAACAGUUCCUUUUUAGGGGGGGAGAGGAUUUAUCACUAUUUUUGGUUGAAGUAACUCUUUAUUCUCUAUAUUUGCCAUGUUGUAAUUGAGAAGCUGAUUGUGCUGUUGGUUACACCGUGUACAUGCUAUAGCUAUGCUAGGUUGGGUAUGGUCCUCUAACCGACUGUCUAUUUCUCUUUUCAGGUGAACCCCGGAAGUAUGAUCCAAACUUCAAAGGUCCGAUCCAUAACAGGUAAUAAUGAGAUUGGUGGCAAAGGAGGCUAUAAUUUAUUCCACCAAUGCUGCUAAUAUAAUGUAUUAAACCUGUUACAGUAAUUCAGUAACAUAAAAACAUGAUGAAAAUACUGCUAUGGGUGGACAUUUAAUUCUGUUUAAAACCACAUUCCACUGCUAAGAGAAAUGCAGGAUGAUGUGUGAGAUAGAAUGCCUGUCUUUGCUCAUCUGCAGUUAGAGUUGGAAAUUCUGGGACAAUUGUUGAAACAAUUUUUUUUUUCUCUCUCUGAAUUACUGUUACUAAAGUAGAAUUGUCUCAAAACUCGAGAUAUGUUGAUAAACAGUAAAUUCUGAAUUUGUAUAAAUUGGUCAUUACAUCAGAUUAUUGACAUACAAAAGCUGACAAAGGACGUGACAAGACUAAAGCGCCACCAUUUGUCAACCUGGAGGCCCCAAAUAAUGAAAUGUAGUCCCAAAUAUUCCUUAUGUAUAUCUCAAAAAUAUUGCCAGGGGAGCAUGCCAAUACAACAAAAAAAUAAGUGACACACGAUAAGGACAAGAUUGUGGUCCUUAAGUGUAGUGUGUGUUUUUAUUAUUUGGUCGUUCCCCCAUCCCCUUUUUCUUCCCUUGUAGCAAAACUAUAGACAUUUGAAAACCACAGCAUUAAUAUGAGGGCAAAACGUACCAAUUAUAUUUAAUUUGUGAUAAUUCUCAGUGUUUCUUCAUCGGAUUAUGAAUAAAGUCCUUUAGUGGGUUAACUGCUUUUGAUUAUUGCCAUAUUUUUUUUAAUUUUAUUUUUAUACUUUUUUCCUUUUUUUUUUUUUCUAAAUUGUGAUGAUUAAUGCAUGACAUGUGGCGUUUUGGUUUUUCGCCUGUUUAAAAUUACAUUUAUUUUCCAUAAUAGACAAUGGAUGCCAUUGUUGUGACACAUCUUGUUCAUUAUUUGGGAAUAGUCUCUGCAAUAGAUCUUUUAAGCUGGAUGACAUUUGAUUCUUUGAUAAUUGUCUUUUCUUAGCUGUGCAUUCUACGUAGGUUUUUUUUUUUUAAUAAACUGAACAAAGCCUUUUCAGCUAUUGAUUGGUGCUUAAUAAACAGUAAAACAGAGUAUCCCUUAAAACAUUUUGCUGUCAAACGACACAAUUAUAACCUUAAGCUUGACUAGCUUUUCUAAAGGCAUACCUACCCUAGCGUGUUAUACUACAUAAACAUUACCUACUAGCCUGUCAACCUCAAAUACAUAGAUAAGCGGGUUACUUAUAUAUAUAAUAAAUGCGUAGACCAACAUGUGACCUAGCCACUUGAAUGCUGUUACCGACAAACAUGUUGAAUCGUACAAAGCUUAAUGUUGUCUUAAAUGAUCCUUAAAUGAUAAAAACGUGCUAAGUUUAAAUAAGCCACGAAAAUGUUUUUGAAUGUCGUAUUUGGGACAGCCACUAGAGGAUUUAGAGGCUGGAUUAACCUAUUUAUAAACAUAGCAGUUUCUCUGAAACUGCUAUGUUUAUAAGAAAAAUGGGUUAAUCCUAGAGGGACCUGGCACCCAGACCACUUCAUUAAGCUGAAGUGGUCUGGGUGCCUAGAGUGGUCCUUUAAGCAAGGUCAUCAGACACUCUUUUACGCUAUCUAGAGAUUAAAAGACACUCUAAGCAGCAAUUUAAGCACAUAUUUGUGAAUUGGGCUGUGUAAAAAGUAAUGACCGCUGCAGUAUGAAUUUAAAGCCGUCUCAAUCUUUCUAUGUGACGAUUGGAACUGUAGCUAGGGAAUAAGCCUCUCAUCCAAUAAACAACUGCUGGAGAGAAGUUUAUGGCAGUGGUUCCCAAGGCAAACUUCAAAACGUGAAGAAUCUCCGAGACACACCAACUUAUUCUUUUAACUUUUAUCAGUAACUCCUGAAUCUCACAUUUACUGGAGAGAGAUGCUCCUCGUCAAACUUAUUUAUUGGGUUUUAAUUAUCAGCCAGAUACACAGGAAGCUCAUUUUUUUAAUGCUGACCCUUUUUAAAGACAAACUUUUUUUUAAGGACUGCACUCCUAUUACAACCUAUGACAGUCUUAAAUGUAGUUGUAUUUGUGGCACACUGGUUGACUUCAGAGAUCAGAAUGAGAGGCUCCUGAUUGGUGGUGCCACUUCCUGGUUUUGGUUGAGCAUACUUUGCAUGAUGAAGAUGGAUAUCAAAUGACUUUCAUAAUGUAUCCAUUUAAAGUCCUUGUCGCAUACACACACCACCAUAAAUUUUUUAUAAUAAUCACAGGUCCCUUUAAAAAAAACCAAAAAAAAAACCCUAUGUUUGACCCUGGCUUGGAAUAAUGAAUCACAAAGUCUUGCAUUGUACGUGACAAUGUGUAUCUCUCUUUUUGGGCUGCUUAUCAGAUAAGAUGGUAUCUCUGUUCUUACAAUGCUGUCAGAUAGUUCUAAAAACACCCUGUGGAAAGUUUAAAUUUUAAAAUGCUGCAAUCCACUCUAUAAUCUUUAGUGCUCACUCACAGGAAAUGACAGAAUGCUCGUAACUCCCUUCAUUAUCAAAAAUGUGUAUAAUUGUAUAAAUUGAUUUUCAGUUGGAUCACCUCGCUCUAUUAGGUCUCUGCAAAUAGGCCGAAAAUGCCCCUGACAUGACAUAGCAACCUUUAAAAAAGGCAUCCUUGGCAUUUCAUUCAGAUUAACCAAUUUCCCAUAAUUCUGUGGUGCAGUAAGCUUUCCUCAGUUGUGUUGAUUUGAUGGGGGUGUGGGGUAGUGGGGGAGUAGUUAGGUGGACAAGCUACAUACCCAUUAAGAUUAACAGCAAAUCAAAGUGAAUCCAUGACCGUAGGAGUGUGCCUGGGGGGUAUCCUUGCACAUUGGCUUCACCAUAACCAUUGGGAUGCUCUAAUUAAAAUUAUCAGAAAGGCAUGCAUGCUAUUACAGGAACUGAAAUUUAAGAUUUUUCUGAUUUGGAAAGAAUCUGAAUUUUUAUUAAAUGACAGAAGGUCUAUAUUUCACUUUAAAAUUAAAACAAAAACAAAAAAACAGGAAGGUUUUCUUCUGCUCGGGUGGCUCCACAAGGCUAACGGAAGUAGCUGGAGCGCUAGACUGGAGCAUGCCUGCUCUCUUUCCCUUCUCAAUGAGCCGUAUGUCAGGGUCUUACCUGAGAUGGGAGUCUUUAGUGCAGAUAGACACAGUCCAAGGUGACCAGGUAAGAAGCCACCUGGACUGUAAAUCUGUGCACUGGGGCUGUAAAAGGAUUCCAAUGCAGUACCAACAAGGAUAAUAUGAGGUCAAUAUGGAGUUGAAGAUCAAGAGACAGGAACAUAGGAACGGAACGUUAUUUACACACAGGAGGCAGGAUCUGGAAGGCUAUUAAAGGACCACUAUAGUGCCAGGAAAACAUACUCAUUUUCCUGGCACUGUAGGGUCUCUAGGUCCCCCCCUCCUGCCGGGCUCUGGGGUGAGGAAGGGGUUAAACACUUACCUUUUCUCCACCCCCAGGCUCCCUCAGUGGUGGGGACUCUCUCAGCCAGUCCAUAGGAAAGCAUUCUCAAUGCUUUCCUAUGGACACUGGCGUCUUCUCACUGUGAGAAUCACAGUGAGGAGCGCGGAAGCGCCUCUAGCGGCUGUCAAUGAGCCAGUAGAGGCUGGAUUAACCCAUAGGUAAACAUAGCAGUUUCUCUGAAACUGCUAUGUUCACAGCAGAAAGGGUUAAUCCUAGAUGGACCUGGCACCCAGACCACUUCAUUAAGUUGCCUAUAGUGGUGUGUACAGAGACUGUGUAAGUCACGUGUAGGGAGGUGUGACAAGGGCUGCAUAAACAAAGUAACAUUUGAAUACUGGGAAGAAAAAUUAUAUUUUAAUUAACCCCUUAAGGACCAAACUUCUGGAAUAAAAGGGAAUCAUGACAUCUCACACAUGUCAUGUGUCCUUAACGGGUUAAACAAAUUAUUUUUAUUUUUUAUUUAUUUUUUGGUCUGGCUUUAGGCCCAGUAUUGCAAAAAUUACAAAACAAAAUGGCCAUGUGCGGCUUCAGUAUCCCAUGAUACCUAUGCUCUAUAUAGAUGGAGGUUGUUUUGGAAGUAGUUUUUUUUUUUCAGAUGAGGCAGGAUGCAAACUUCCAUUUGGCAUGUCUUUAAACUGGCAGAGACUGCAAGUCAUCAUCUGUUCCUGCAGAUAAACCAGAGUGUAAAUAAAUCCUUGCGAUAAAAUGGUCUUAAAAUGUUUCUUUUUUUUUUUAAUUUUACAGAAGCUGCACGGAUAUCCUGUGCUGUAUACUUAUUGUACUUGGCAUCAUUGCAUACGUGGCUGUAGGAAUUGUGGGUGAGUACACCCUGAAGCGUGUCAACAACAGGCCUGCAAAGAAACUGGUUACAUUACAUUUCUGAACUUAAGAUAUUUGCAUGUUUCGUACUCCACACUAAAACUGUAAAACCACUUCCUAUAUAUUUUGUAAUAAAGCAUUAGUUAUUUAUUAAGGGUGUUGUUUAGAUGUUUUUGUUUUUUUUCAUAACUUUGUUGAUUAAGGUUCGCUGAAAAGUAAAUUAUAGCUUAUAGAAAUGUAGAUGUAAAGGGUAAAUCGCUGAAAGCAUAAAAUGUAAAGCAAAAAAAUUUUAAAUAACAAAACAUUUCGAAGUUUUUACAGCAUUACAUUUUCACUUUAAAUAUAAAGCUGUCACAGUGCUCUGAUCUGUGUGUGAGGGAUGUUGCUGUGCUAUGAUAGUCGUGGUGCUCGGAUUUAUUUGCAAUGGGUACUUGUUUUGCUCUGAUUUGUGACAUGGGAAGUAGCAAGGCUCUGAUUUAUUUGCAAUGGGUAGUCGCUUUGCUCUGAUUUGUGACAUGGGAAGUAGCAAGGCUCUGAUUUGUGUGCGGGGCAAUCGCUUUGCUCUAUUUUGAGUGAGGGCAAUCGCUUUGCUCUGAAGCCGGUACAAUGGUCGUUAGCAGGGCUCUUAUUUAUUUGUAAUGGGCAGUCGCGGUGUUCUUAUUUGUGUGAUGGGCAGUCACUUUGCUCUGAUUUGUGUGCGGGGCAAUCGCGUUGCUCUAAUUGGUGUGAGGGGCAAUCGUAGUGCUCUGAAGCAGGUACAAUGGUCAUUAGCAGGGCUCUUUAUUUGCAAUGGGCAGUCGUGGUGCUCUGAUUUGUGUGAGGGGCUGUUGUAGUGCUCUGAUGCAGGUACGAUGGGCAGUUGCAAUGAUCUGAUUUGUGUGCUGAAAUGUCAAGGACUUUAGAAACCAGCUAUUUCAAUGUCCUGUCUGUCUAUGUUCAGACUCUCUUGUUAAAGGGAUACUCGAGUGCUAGGAAUACAAAGUGUAUUUCUGGUAAUAUCGCUCCUUCUCCCUCGCACCCACCCUCCCCUGUAAAUCAAGGAUUAAAAACAACCACUGGAGGCAGACUUAAAAAAAAAAAAAAAAAAUUGUAAACAAUACAGUUUCUCUGGAACGGCAAUGUUUAACAUUGCAGCACUAAGUGCGAAAGGACAGUGCCCCCACACCACUUCAAUUAGCUGCAGUGGUCUGGGUGCCUAUAGUGUCCCUUCAAAGAUCCUCUCCAAGUAGGACUGGUCAUGUGACGUAAUGCCACAUUUGGCCAAUAUUGUUUGUUCACAAAACUCCUCUAAUGCCUCUCAUGUGCAAGAGCCGUUGGCAGACAGAAGGGCCACAUUGUCUGGACUGUCAUUACAAAAUCAAGAUGCUUGCCAACUAUCGGUUAUACAUGUAUAGAUCUUCACAUCCCCUCCUAACAGGCAGAGUGCAAUCCAUGUCUAAUUCACUGCAGUAUAAAGGUUACGUGAAAACCAGACUCUUCCACUUGUAAUCAAGAUAAAGGGAAACGUUUACUUGGAUUUUAACCAAACAAGGUGGAGUGGUCAAUAGCAAGGUUGUAUAUAUUAUUCAGAGAGCCGUUUGGGCACUCCUUAGAUUUAGUGUUUGUAUUUGUCUGUUUACGUAGGGUUUCCUAUGAAUCGUGGUCUAGUUGGCUACACGGGAAGUGGAUAACCUGUUUCUAUAAAGUAUCUGCAGAUCCAUGAGGCUUGACAAAUAAACAUCUAACGAGUUGGCAAUCAUUGUCUGUAUAGAUUGUGGUCUCAAUCUGCGCUGAAUUAAAUAUGAAUCGCAAACAUUCUAUUUGAUUAUCGGGAUGUUCUGCUUGGUAUAAAAAGAGAAAAUGAACUCAAAUCAUAAGGUUAUACUAAUCGUUCAUUAAAAAAAAGGCUAAUUGAAAUGAAUAUAUUAUGGUGCUCAGGGUUCCUUUAAUAAAACAACUGUGAGACUGAUCACAGAACCUCUAAUUCCUCUGUAAGCUGCAAUCUAAACUCCUUGCCUUCAUGACUCAUCUAAUACCAGUUUUAGCUGAUUAUUUCAGCUGGGCCGUCAUUUUAUUUUUAAACUCACACUACACUGCAAGAUUAAUAAAAGCUUUUACAUGUGUGUGGCGGAGCUCCAGUCCUCAAGCUGAGUGUUUCCAGUAGUCUCCCUCCCUUGGUCGCUUUGUUGUGAAUAGGACAACAUAUCUAUACUGUACAAAAUAUGUAUUCACCCUACAAGGAGGUGAUUCACUAUCUCUAAUAACAUUCUCCCACCAUCCAGUCAGGGCACUGGGAGAGUGGAUCCCUAAAACCCACUCGCAAAACAUUGGAACUCCUACAAACGAGACAUCCUUGGUUAGCUCUUCCCCUCAGCUUCCCUUUGUGCAAAAAACACCCUUAUUGUACAUAUGGUAUUUAAUCGCCAACCUGUCCGCUAAGUUCCGAUACAGUGUAUAGUUUAAUGCGGCUGGCUUUGCACCCCUGAGUCUCUCCCUUUUUCGUUAGCGGGGUGUUUUAGCUACAGGACAGCUAUAGACCAAUAGACUGUGCUUGCUAGGGGAAGUUGGAGUGCCAGUUGGAGACAAACGGUGCUUUUUACUCGAACAAAGUCAUUAAAAGCAACCAAAACAACUUUAGUGUAAUGAAGCAGUUUUGGUGUAUAUAUAAUGCCCUUGCAGUCUCUCUGCUCAAUUCUCUUCCAUUUAGGAGUUAAAUCACUUUGUUUAUGCAGCCAUGGUCACACCUCCCUACAUGGGACUUACACAGCCUUCCUAAAAACUUCCUGUAAAGAGUCAACUAAUGUUUACACUUCCUUUAUUGCAAUGAAUGCAUAUUUAAUUUAGAAUUGUAUGUUUAUUUAGAAUUUCUUAUCCCCUGCUCUCUUAAUAGCUUGCUAGACUCUGCAUGAGCCUCUCAAAUGUAAUUCAAGUUCAGUUUAUAGAGCAAGAGAUAAAAACUUUUAAAGUAAGUUUACAUCUGAUUAAAAAUUAAAACAUUUUUUUUUCUCAUGAAGGCUGUGAGUUUCAGCUAGAUGUGGUUUGGCUAGGGCGAAAUAAACAGAAACAAAUUGAUUUAACUCCUAACUGGCAGAUACUUGAGCAGUGAGCCUACAGGGGCAUGAUCUAUACACAAGGACUGCUUCAUUAAGCUAAAGUUGUUUUGGUGACUAUAGUGUCCCUUUAAAUUUUGCAAUCCCAUUUCAGCUGGCAGAUUAGUAGGUAUUCCAAUUACUGAAUUCUGAACGUUGGCUACUUUAGUCUCAGUUUUGCUAUUUGGCGUUUAGUUUGCUAAAUUGUUAUUAUAGCUAAGCUGGGGUUUUAUUAUUUAUUUUCAAAACCGCUACAUUUUCUGAUUCUGUUUUCAAAUUCCAAACCAUUUACCGUCUGGGUUUAUAGAUUCUGGGUUUAUUGAUUUGAAUGCAUUUUGGGUUUAGUUCCUGCCACUUUACAUGGCUCGCUGCUCUGUAUAGCAUGCAGAUCUUUUUUCAUAGUUACUUCCACAAUUCUAUGCAAAUACUGCUUUCUGUUUAAGGCUGUCUUGUUUUUUUUUCACCUUUGUGAAACUUUAUAUAGUACCACACCUGGGCAUGGAACGGAGUUUAUAUCCUUUUUAAAAUUUUUCUGUUUUAGUGUAGUUUUUAGCUUGUUGCUUAUAAAGCUUUAAUUGUAUUUACUCCUACAACAAGGGGCCUGACCCAAUUACUUAAAAUAAUGUAAAUUUUUCUCUUAAUUUUGUAUUUUAACAUACCUGCCAUAAAUUCAGCGUCUGAUUACAUAAUUCAGUAAGUGGUCGAUGCAUUAGAUGAAACAAUGAGAGAUGAUAAAUGAGAGACCAUACAACAAAAUAUAGUGUAUUAUUUACUUUACUGAUGAUUAUAAAUAAGAGAAAGGAAUUGCACUUAGUUAUUUUGGAUUGUUGAAUCGACUCCAAAUAUAUUUGCUUGGAGCCGAUUCGAAGCUUCAAAAACUGUAAGUGUAAUUUCUUAUUCACAAAUUCUGGAAUAAAAGGGAAUUAUAACGGAAUAUUUCCGUCAUGUGAUCUUAAAGGGUUAAAAAACAAAUUCUUUUAGAAUCCCACUUUCUAUAUUCUUCACCAACUUGCUAGGGUUUUCUCAUUGCUUUAAAAAUACCGCUGUACGUGAUAUCAUGUGUAUAGUAGAAAGAUGACCAUAUGAAUUGCAUCUCCCAGAUUCCCCUGCUGUGCCCACAAGGCACUACUGUGUGCUAGAAAACUAAGUGAAUCACUUCCUGGUUUGAUGAAAGCUCAUUGCAGAAGCUGCAUAGCUUGCGGAUUUGCAGUAAAUGCACAAGGUUUUAAAGUAGUCCUUUUUUCAUUUUCUGUUUACUCAUUAAAAUCUCUCUUUAAUGGCAUGACAGCUGGAAAGUGUGUUGCUUGUAUGUCUGUUUUUGAUCUGUAUAGCAUGUUUACUGUUUGUAGGACCUACAUUUAAAGGGCAAAAGACUUUGUAAAAUUAUAAAUAGAUUCCAACUUGAUUCAGCCAUGCAGAGCCUCCUAUUCUUAUGAUCACCAAGGAAUCUUGUCUUUUUCUUGCAGCCUGGACCUAUGGAGAUCCACGCAAGGUGAUCUACCCCACUGACAGUCGUGGUCAGUUCUGUGGUCAGGCCGGGACCCCCAAUGAGUGAGUAAUGGCUCUGUGCACAGUUGGGGUGUAUUAGGACGGGUGAUAUCGUAGUCACUGCUGACUGCUCUUACCUCUCUCUUUGCGCCUAUUUGCAGGAAGAAACCUUUCCUAUUCUAUUUUAACAUCAUGAAGUGCGCCAGCCCCCUUGUUCUCCUGCAGUUCCAGUGCCCAACAACACAGGUGAGUAAUUACCUACGUCCCUCAGAAUGUCAGUCCCAGGAGUUCCUCCAACUACUCCCUAAAGGGGUCACUGACAAAAUGACAAAAUCUCUAGUGGUGUUUGGAUACUAAGCAAAUGAAACCAAAACCCUUGUCUGCCGUAUACUGUUUACCACCUACUUGAUUUUCCUUGGCACAGGAGAAUUGUGUAUAAAUGAAAUGAUGCCAACACGGCCAUUUAAAUCCCUCCAAGUUACAGAACUGUGCCAGUGUAAAGGUAGAGAGGACCCUAUGUGUUGGAGCUUGGCGCACAAUCCUAGACUCAAAUUCAGAUAGAAGCAUAUUAAUUGAGACGUUUUGAUUAUAUCUGCAUGCAAGCGUUACAGACUUCUCUGCCUUACUGCCUUAUACCUACCAUUAGAUACAUGUAGCUUCCACAAUUUAAAUGGUAAUAAAUGAAUUGUUACAGAUUCACAGUUUAUUUUUACAAGCAUAAGUAUCUUGUAUGUAAAGAUACCUGGAUAGAUCCUGUUCUCAAGUGACGCUCUACACAGGGUGACUGGCACUGCAUAUUGCACGUCAUCCAACCAAUGGGUCCUUUAGCAAGCUUUGGCGGGAUUGAAACAUGUCCGCUCCAGCUUGGUAAGGCUGAAUAAAGGACCCUGCAUUGGAUCCAGAUUUGUGGACUUUAUUUUGACUGUGACUGUUGUGGGUGAAGACCAAACUCUGAUUCCCAGCGUGGUGAAUGCCUGUCUGCUUAAAUUGAGAUUAUGUGUAUACGUGGGUAUUGUUUGUCUAUACGGAGUAUUGUGUAUGUCUAUACGGGAUAUAGUGUGUGUGUGUGUGUGUGUGUGUAUAUGGGGUUUUGUGUAUGUGUGUGUAUUUGGGUUAUUGUGUUUGUCUAUACGGGAUAUAGUGUGUGUGUAUUUGUAUAUGGGGUAUUGUGCGUGUGUAUAUAUGGGGUAUUGGGUAUUUUGUGUGUGUGUGUAUACAGGGUAUUGUGUGGCUGUUUAUCUACAGGAUGUGCAUGUUACAACCCCCGACGGCUGCCCCAUCACUAAUUAGUCCCUCUUCCAAAACACAUUCCGGUAGAGGAGCUGGAGGGACACAGUGUUAUCAAAAUAUCACCAAAGGGUGAUGGACUGAACUAAAGAAAGAAAACAAACCAAAAUAUCAAAAUUGUGUCUGUUUCCCUGGAAAGUAACUCUCACCAAACGUAUGCAAGCCGGAAGCCGGUGCCGCCCUAUUAGUAAAGUAACCGUAGUCCUGACCCUAAAUUAAACAAAAGGGAAAAAAAAAACAUGUUGGUCUCUAUUACACAAAAUGCCAUGUGCUCUUGUGGUAUAGAUCACAAUGUAUCCAGGACCUAUUGAUGGCACUAUUUUCCCACUAUAAACACUUCACUGGUGCGUGUGUGCGUGUGCGCGUGCGUGUGUAUGUGCGUGCAUGCAUUAUAUAAAAUUGCUGAUUCCCUCUUCUUUUUGAUCAUAUUUUUCUCUCUCUGUGAAUAAGCAUUCCCUGUCUUAUUACGUUUAAUCCAUUUACAGUGUGUGAAAGUGCAUUCCUUGCCCCACCCAUUUAUCGUCUCUUCCAAGACCUGACAUAAUGAAGCCUGUGUAGAGAACUGAAACCUUUAGUUGCUUUAUGUACAUUGCAUUUGAGGCCUGGGGCUACUUACUGUAUUUUAUUAGUACAGGACAAAUCACUCAUAAUAUGGGAGAGACUUGUUUCUACCAGCACUCCAGCUGCUGUUCACCACUAUUCUCAGCCUCAGGGGUCACCGGGCAAAUGUCAACAUUGUAAACCGGCUCCCCUGUUACACAUGAAGAAGGAUUACAUAGAAAGGCUCUAGAACAGUGGUUCCCAAACCAGUCCUCAAACACCUCUACCCGUCCAUGAUUUUGGAAUUACCUAGUUCUGUCUACGGUGUUUUUAGAAAAAGAAAAUACCGUAGACACUACUGGGCAAUCCCUAAAUCCUGGACUAGUUUGGGAACCACUGCUCUAGAAUAAAUGUGUAAAUAAGCUGGAUCUUGCCGCACAGAGACAGGAGGGAACUAUGGGACAUGGAGUCUGUCCCUCCCAGCACAGGGUGACACAGACAGGACAGAGCUAUGUGACAUGGAGUCUGUCCCUCCCAGCACAGGGUGACACAGACAGGAGGGAGCUAUGGGACAUGGAGUCUGUCCCUCCCAGCACAGGGUGACACAGACAGGAGGGAGCUAUGGGACAUGGAGUCUGUCCCUCCCAGCACAGGGUGACACAGACAGGAGGGAGCUAUGGGACAUGGAGUCUGUCCCUCCCAGCACAGGGUGACACAGACAGGAGGAAACUAUGGGACAUGGAGUCUGUACCUCCCAGCACAGGGUGACACAGACACACCAAAAGGUUAAUAGGACAAAUGUGUCUACAAUUAUAUGACAUAAUAUAUUAUUUUGCUUAUGAUUUUUUACUCUUCCAGAUUUGCGUGGACCAGUGUCCGGACAGAUUCCUCACUUACUACUCUGUUAUCGCCACUCAACAAAACUUUGAUUACUACAAACAGUUCUGCAGACCCGGAUUCAAUAACUUUUCAAAGGUAGCUAAUGAAACCUGAAAACAUGUUCUUCAUCAGUGUACAGAUACUGAGCAUCAUUAUACAGUGCAGCAUGUUCCUUAUCAGUAUCAGAUAUCUGUAUAUAAGUCUACAGGUUUAUUAAUCGGCCCCGAGGCAUAUCCCUGUUAGCAGAAGGUUAUAUAAACAGAAUACAGAGUAUUUCAAGAAUGUUUAACUGAUCCUAUUCUUAAAGGGAUACUAUGGACACCAAAAUAGUUUUGGCUUAAUUAAUUAGUUUCUAUGUAUAUAUAUCAUGCCCCUCCAGUCUUACUGUUGAAUUCUCUGACAUUUAGGAGUUAAAUCACUUUUGUUUCUGCUUAUGCAGCUCUAGUCACACCUCCCCUGGCUUUGGCUCAAACACAGCCUGCAUUGAAAUAAAGGUUUUACUUUAAGUCAGAGGUUAACUUGCUUUAGAAGUUUGUAAUCUGCUCUGUAAAUUGAACUUUAAUCACACAUCGGAGACUCCUGCAGUGUCUAGAAUGCAUUAACAGAGCAGGAGAUAAGAAAUUCCAAAUUAAACAGAAUGUGCAAUAAAGGAAGUGUAAACUUUAGAUGACUCUUUAAAGAAAGUGUUUAGGGAAGCUGUGCAAGUCACAUGCAAGGAGGUGUGACUACGGCUGUGUAAACAAAGUGAUUUAACUCCUAAAUGGCAGAGAAUUGAGCAGAGAGACUGCAGGGGCAUGUUCUAUACAUCAAAACUGCUUCAUUAAGGUAAAGUUGUUUUGAUGCCUAUAGUGUUCCUUUAAUUUGUGCAUAACUUGUGCUAAUUGUGAAGUAAGUGACUUUAAUUUUGAAAGCCUACAGAGGAGAUGUAUAGUCUAUCCAACGACUACUGCAAAAGACCAAGGGAUGGAUCUAAUAUUCCUGUAAAUAGCCUGUGGGUUUAUAAAAAGGCCUGACAGGAAGACAGUCUCCCAUUUAUUGCGAUAGGCGAAAAAGUACAGCCAAUAUGAACGUAGCGUUUGCUUAAUGAUCACUCCUUUACACCGCAAAUUGCAUUAUAAUUACUAUAGCACCAACAUAAGCCGUAGCGCUUUACAAUUCUAAAAUGGGGAUAUUUGAAAAGUAAUUCACAUAUGGACUAUAACAGGGACAAGAGGUGAACAAGACGCUGUUAUAAUCAGUGCAGCGUUGUGAUUGGUUCUACAUCCAUUCAUUCUGCCUUGUGUACAGUAUGGUAAAUAGUGGUGGUGUCAGUGAAACAAUGUAUUCUCUCCUUCACAUUUUUUGUUACUGCAAAUGGGUUAAUAAUAGACUGGUUAAUCUAUCUGGUUAUUCAUUAUUUUAAAGCUGGUAUUUUGGUUUCCCCAUCGUUUUGUUGUCAUUAUGCGCUUUGAAAUGUUUUUCUUUAUUUGCAGAGUCUGAAUGAGGUGUUGAGAGAUCGAGAUUGUCCUGCCAUGAUUACACCAAGCAAGCCAUGUGAGUGUGGUGGGAUGAGGUCUUAAUAAAAUAAUUCCCAGACACCCUAUCCCUUUCUAAGCUUAUUCAGUCACCAUCGUAGAUAAUCUCAGAAAGUCUCUAAAAGAAAGAAUAAAAAAAUGUUUUUAUUUUUUUCACUCCUCACAUGCAGUUUGAAGCAUUAUGUGUAAAUAGUUUGUGUCCCUUUUUUUCCAUUUUACAAAAAGUUCACAUUUCAAUAGAAACUGGCACUUUUAUAAAUGUGCCUUGCUACACACCCUGGCUGUCAAUCAGACAACCCAGUCUGUUACUUCCUGGUUUGUUUAGCUCAGUGAAGCAUAUGUCUUUGGAAGGCAGGUUCUCUGGGCAAUUGUCUGCCUCUUGAGUUCUCACUGAGGGAAGUCAGUGAUUGGACAGUCACAGAAAGGCUGGGCGGGGUUAGAAUGGGAAGGUUUGCAAAGGCAGCAGACAAGAGAUCUGCAGGUUUUGUAAGCUGUUUUUACAUAUACCCCCAAUACAAAAUGCAUAAUUAAAUGCAUGCAUACGUUCAUUAGGAGUCUGUGCACUAAAUAGUGAUUUAUGUGGAUAGUAGAAUGUCCAUUUUUAAGCUUGAGAAAGACACUUUAAAAGGACACUCUGGGCAUUAAUACAAAAUCAAUUUGUUGAAUAGAUGUUGGUCUCAUUAAUUUGCUGUAUAUUUUUUUGUAUGCUCAAAUCUUUAUAGGUUUUGCACAAAAUAAAUAAAGAUUUUGCAGAAUUCUGCUUCAUAAGCUUGCCUCCUUAGCCAUGCCCCCUGAUGCCAGAAAUAAUUUAUUAUCAAAGAUAUGAUAUGCACACAGAGUGAGCGCCAUUUGAUUCACAACCUGGCUGCAGACAGUCAGAGAAACUACAAACAGUUAGUGAUAUCCUCACUAUUUGUCUCUCUGGGUGUCCUCUCCUUCUAAUUCAAGUUGUUUUGUGGUUCAGACCACUCAGUACUGUGAAUGGCUAAACUGUGUACAUACAUUUGAUAAGGAAGUCUUUUUCUGGUAUCGGGGGGUGUGACUAAAGAGGCAGGCUUAUGGUGCAGAAUUCUGCAAAACACUUCUUUAUAUUAUGCAAAAAGUAAAGAUUGGAGCAUGCAUAAAAUAUAGCAUGUUAAUGAGGCCAAAACCUAUCAAAUGUAUUAAGUAAUAUUGGUCCCCGGAGUUUCCCUUGAAAGUGGCUCUGUGUCGUCGUCCCCGUCCUUCCCAAACCUACAGUUCUCUAAUUGCUCUUCUCUUCCUUUUUCCGAAUCUGCUCUUUUUUUCUACUUUUCAUGUGUUUUUUCCAACUCUUGACAAAGACCACAGAUAAAUAAAUGCUCCACUUCUUUUGUUAUCUGCCAUGUCCACAAUACUCACAUUUCCAUCAAGUCUGUCAUCUUUUUGGUCUUGCAAACUCUGUUCAUGAAAGCUUGUGGAUUUCUGGGCAUGGGUGGCCAGCUUUCAUUUCCAAAGGUAGUGGAAGGACGGGGGAUGGGGUGAAAGGGGAAAGAAGAAAAAUACUUUUGGGGGGAGUGGGAACUGCCCAUGAUAAAGCCAUUUUAACGUUUAAACGUAGGUAGUUCACUAUUUUUCACUAUUUGACAAAACAAGUUUAGCUUAUUAUACAGACUGAGUUAAUUUAGAACACUGUGUAAGCUAGAAUUCCUUUCCAGAGGUCUGGUGGACUCCCUCUUCCUGCUCUGCAAGUGCUCCCAUCAGGUCGGCCUGCCCCCGUGUGAUUUGUAUGUUUUCUUUUCACUACAUCAUACUAAAUGCCAUGCAUUUUAUUUCCAGUCACCAGAAGAUGUUUCCCGGCAAUUAAUUUAAAAAAGGGGGUUGUGAUGGUUGGAAACUCGACUACAUUUGAUGAUGGGAUAGAUCAAAAAUCGCGAAAUAUUACUGAUCUUGUGGAAGGUGCAAAGUAAGUACCGUAAUCCAGGGUCCAGACCUGAAAAGAACUUCAGUAUCCAACAUAACACAGAGAACGACCAUUGUUCCAACCUAACAGGGCCAAUAUAUCGAUGCAUUCUAUCCAAAUGCUAUUAGAAUACUCUUAAACAAUAAUGAUCUAAAUAAUUGGCAUUUUUGCUUUCUAUGGUAUGGGAAAACAUUUGCACCUUUUAUUCUCAUAUUCCAAAGAAGAAAAAAACCUAAUUAACAAAGGGGUCGAGAGGAGAAACAUGGUAAUAUCAAAUAAGGGAGCUUUUAAAAAAGAGGGACACAUUUGGUAGGUGUACAUACUGUUUGCUGUGGAGAUACAUAUAUACAAUCUUGAUUUGUUCACGGAGUAUGGAUUUUCCAGAUGGCCAAAACUAAAAUACUGUGAACCUAUCGUAAAUAUUGGACACUAUAAUAAAAAACUAAUUAAAGAAAAGAUCUACCAGAAUGUGUCGUAAAUAAUUUGUGACAGAGCAGCCAAACACCAAGAUAGACCAAGAGACAAAUGUCUGAAAGAUUGAGAAGGUGCUAGUUUUUGGGUGUUAAAUAGGAUUUCUGACUUUUGUUGAUGUUUUGAUUUUGGUAAUUGGUAUUACACAACAUUCUAUAAAAAAAAUCAAAUCUAUAUAUAGUUCUACAAAAUCAUGUUUUUCUAGAUUGUGUUUUUUUUUUGUGAUGUAUCUUUAUUGCUAAGCCUGGUUUUUAAGAGAGUCCUACAGUUUUGGAUUUUUUGUUUCUCUGCAGAAAAGCCAAUAUAGUGUUAGAAGCUCGCCAAGUGGCCAUGAAGAUAUUUGAGGACUACACAGUAUCGUGGUACUGGAUAAUCAUGUAAGAGGUUCAUCAUGGUGGGGGCAUUGUGGACAACAUUUGUGUCUUCAGCUGUUGUUGGCACUCAGCUUGCUUGUUUGGCGAGGGCAGUAAGAACGUUCUGGUCAAUCACAAUUGGAGAGACAAAUAUGAUAUGUUAUGUAGUGGACUCAGCAGAAUAUAAAUCUGAUCAAAAUCUACUUGGAUUUUGCCAAGGCAUUUGAUACGGUUCCUCACAAUAGGUUAGUCUUCAAACUAAAAGAAAUUGGUCUAGAUGAAUAUACUUGUUCUUGGGUAGAACAUUGGCUUAAGGAUAGAGUACAACGGUGUCCUUCAGGGUUCUGUUUUAGGACCACUUCUAUUUAACAUAUUUAUAAAUGAAAGCCAUGUAUCAGUGCUUGCAGAUGACACAAAACUCUGUAAAGUAAUAAAACAUGAGCAGUAUAUUGCUUUGCUGCAGAGGGGUUUGUAUAGAUUAGGGGACUGGGCACUAAAAUGGCAGAUGAAAUUUAACGUAGAGAAAUGCAAAGUUAUGCACUUCAGGGGCAAGAAUGCACAAGCAACUUACACCCUAAAUGGUAGUGAAUUAGGGAUAACCACACAUGAGAAGGAUUUAGGAAUUGUUCAAGACAACAAAUUAGGCAGCAAUAUGCAAUGUCAAUCUGCAGUUGCUAAGGCCAGUAAGGUUUUAUCAUGUAUAAAUAGGGGCAUAAAUUCUCGGGAUGAAAAUAUAAUUUUGCCUCUUUAUAAAUCACUGGUAAGACCACACCUUGAAUAUGCUGUGCAAUUUUGGGCACCUGUUCUAAAGAAGGAUAUCAUGGCACUAGAAAAAGUGCAGAGACGAGCUACAAAAUUGAUAAAAGGAAUGGAGUAUUUUAGUUACGAAGAAAGGUUAAAACAUAUAAAUCUCUUUAGUUUGGAAAAACGGCGCUUCAGAGGGGAUAUGAUAUUAUACAAAUUUCUUCGGGCCACUACAAACCAUUAUCUCCUAAUCUAUUCAUAAACAGGGCUAUACAUAGGACACAAAGUCACGCAUUUAGGAAAAAAAGAGAUUUCAUCUAAGGCAAAAGCUUUUUUUUACUGUAAGAACAAUAAGGAUGUGGAAUUCUCUGCCUGAAGACGUGGUUUUAUCAGAGUCCAUACAGAUUUUUAAACAGCACUUGGAUAAAUACAAAAACAUAACAUACAGGGAUAUACAGGGAUAUCAUUUCUAAUUAGUGGGGUAAUAGCUGCUUGAUCCAAGGAGAUAUCUGACUGCUAUUUUGGGGUCAAGAAAGAUUUUUUUCCCUAGUUUGUUGCAAAACUGGAAGCGCUUCAAACUCGUUUUUUUGCCUUCUUUUGUAUUAACAGCAAAACCAUAUGUGAGGAAGGCUGAACUUGAUGGACGCAAGUCUCUUUUCAGCUAUGUAACAAUGCAAAUAACAUGCUUAUUCUGUUCCACAGAGGUCUUGUAAUUGCCAUGGUGAUUAGUUUGAUAUUUGUGGUCUUACUGAGGUUCCUGGCUGGUAUUAUGAUCUGGGUGAUGAUUAUAAUGCUGAUUGCUGUGAUGGGCUAUGGUACGUAUAUCUUGAUUUACCUCUAGUUUCACCAGAUCCCACUUUUGACACCAUUCUGUUAUAGAAUUUUAUUAUAUUCUCUGCUUUCCCGUACACAGGAAUCUUUCACUGCUACAUGGAAUAUGCGCGACUGAAGGGAGAGUCAGGGUCAGAUGUCACGAUCACCGAUAUCGGUUUACAGAUGGAUCUUCGUGUGUACUUGCACUUACGCCAGACAUGGUUGGCAUUCAGUAAGUUGGUGUGCAUUUCUUUAUUGUAAUUGUGUGGGAGGAAGCUGGAACCAUUAUCUACCUGGUAGGAAAAGAAGGUUCGUACUGUAGAUGCUGGUGCCAAAUCUGUGCUGUGUAUAGAUAAUAUGAUGUAGAGUGCGUGCGAGUGGAAGACUGAUACUAACGCCGUAUCUGUAAUUUGUAUUUAGGUUGUGGUAAAGUGUUUACGUAACAUGAUAUCAACACUGAAGCAGCUACUGUUCUUUGUAUAUAUGGUUGUGGUUUGUUCAUGUGAGCAGAAAACUGACAUCACAUCUAGAUAUGUUUUCCAUGUUUUUAAUGAGGAAAGGCGGAAUAUUUGAACGUCUAUUGCUGCUCCUUCUGUAACUCCUCUUUCUGUAAUAAAAUAAACACUGAAAUAAUGGAGGUUUAAAAUUGAUAUUGUGGGCCAGAAAGAUGGUAAACUGAUUAAUCCUGCAAGGCUUUUUAACAAUCUCAUUUUUAAAGUUUAACACCAGGCCAGUGACUUGUUCAAGGGACAGUAUCUAUUGUAACUGAGCAUUUAGAAGUGUAGAAUGCAUUCCUGUAUGUGGCUGUGCUGGAUGGAACAGUUCACAGACCAUAGCCAGCUGGGCUCUAAGUGAGAGAUAAUGGCAAUGUUCGUAUAGUUAUUUAUUGCCCUUAUGCCAUGCUAUCUCUGGGUGUGUGGUAAAGGGAUGGACUAGCCUGCUCUGUCCUGUUAGACGCUCGCAAGCACUGCUUAAUCACACGGUGUCAAGUCAUCUUGCUCUUUGGAUAUAGCUGUACGUCCAGUUAUUUCACCAAGGCUCACACAAUCUCCUUUUGCCUACAGUGAUCAUCCUCUGUAUUAUGGAAGUCAUCGUAAUUCUCCUGCUCAUAUUCCUGAGGAAGAGGAUCAUGAUCGCCAUUGCUCUUAUAAAGGAGGCCAGCAGGUGAGGGAAGCCAUGUUUUAUUGAUUGCUACUGGAAUGCUGAGAUUAUGAUGCUCCUUCUAAGAAACCAGCAUUACCAUGGCAACAAUGAACACACAUGGUGGAAAGUCCAGGAAAUUAAUCGAUCUGAUUUUUCCUUGGAGGUCUCAGACCUUACCUCUUUCUCUCUCUCUCCCUCCCUCUCUCCCUCCCUCUCUCCCUCUCUCUCUCCCUCUCUCUCUCCCUCUCCCUCUCCCUCUUGAUUUGUGCCUGUCUCUAUGACCUCAUCUUAUUCUUGCUCUGUGCCUGUCUCUAUGACCUCAUCUUACUCUCGCUCUGUGCCUGUCUCUAUGACCUCAUCUUACUCUCGCUCUGUGCCUGUCUCUAUGACCUCAUCUUACUCACUCUCUGUGCCUGUCUCUAUGACCUCAUCUUACUCUCGCUCUGUGCCUGUCUCUAUGACCUCAUCUUACUCUCGCUCUGUGCCUGUCUCUAUGACCUAAUCUUACUCUCGCUCUGUGACUGUCUGUCUACUCUGUCUUUCUCGCUCUGUUUGGCCUUAUAUGACUCUCACUCUUUGACGGUCUAUCUUCCCUAGACAUUCAGGGUUAUACACUAUAGGGAGAUUUGUCAGUAAUUCAUAGUGAAUUUCAAAUGCAUUUAAAGCCAAACUAUCUGAACUAGAUGCCUAGCUGACCUGGAGAAUUUAUCCAUUUUGACCUUAAGUAUCAAACUCACUUUACAUUCUCAACCAUCCUCACUACAGUAACAUUAUCUAAUGACCAUUCUUGCAUAGAACACUUAUUAGAAAAGCAUGAUAUAGUUAAAAAUUCACGUGCAAUCACAGAAUAUGUACAUUUUUAAAUAGGACAGAGGAUUUCUAUUUUUUCUUUAUUUUUAAAUAAAUUGUAAUUCAGUGUAUUUGUUAGUUCUUCUGGGAUGAUUCAUAUUUUUAUUAGAAAUACAUGUUUUUGUUGUGUUUAUUUUUGCUCCCUAGCUUCCUCUCUCGAGUUGUCUUUCACAUCCUCUUAUCUGCCUCUGUUUUUCUUCGUGUCUUGCAUGUGGUCUCUGCAGGUUUUGCAUUUCUCACGGCCUCUCUGUCCUUCACUCUCUUUUGCAUUUGUUUUACUCUACUCGUGCUCCUCUGUCUUGCCCUCAUUCUCACGCUCGCUGUCACUUUCUCUCUUUCCAUUUCCUGCCUCUUCAUUACUGCGACUAUCUCUCUGUUUGUAACCUGUAUCCUCUUCUUUCCUCAGGGCCGUUGGGCAUGUGAUGUCCUCACUGGUGUUCCCUCUAUUUACGUUCUUACUUGUAUGUCUGUGCAUCGCGUAUUGGGCCAUCACAGCUGUGUAUCCUUUUAGUACUCACCACUGUACCCUCUGACUGCAGCCCUCAACAGUACUUCCUUUAUCACAAACAACUUUUCCACCUCGUACUACCUGACUGCAUCCCACAAUACACCUAUCCUUCCGUCACCCACAGCGGCUCCCCUGACUGCAUAAUGAUCUUGAUAAAGCAGUCUGUCUCCUACUAUGGAUUUACCCUUCCUAAUACGUAAAGGGACACUCCACACACCUAAAGAGACACUCUUCUUCUAUAUGUGUGAAGUGUGCCCUUUUAUAAUUAUUACAAAAAAGUGCAAAAUAAAAAUACACCUUUUAAAUGCAUGCAUGUUAUAGGAGAAUAGUGGGUGAGUACCAGAGCAAGGCAUCAGACAGCAAUUGCACUAAAACACCACCUUAUACACUCUUCUUCUUAACCUAUUUAGUGAAGAAUCCUUAACCAUUCCUCAGCUUUCUUUCUACCUCCAAUGACGCAGUUUAUAAAGUGUUUAACGAAACACAAUGUGAUUAUUCUGGCAAUAUCUGCAACCCAGAGGUAAGUCCCUAAGACUUCAUAUAUAAUGCUUUUUAAAUGUUACAGGGGGUAUUUAAGUACUUUGCCGUAUCUGAGUAUGUAUCAGUUAAUGACUCCCACACCUCUACAGGGAGGAAAGCAUGUGGGAAUAGUGGACAGGGAUAGCAAUAAAAGGGUCAGUCACUCUGUGACAAUAAACAAUAACUAACUUUGCUACAGAACCAACAUCUCUACAUACACCAUCUCCACCAGAACCAGACACUGCCUCCCCUCGUCCAGAACCAGGCACCACGGCCUGCCCUCGUCCAGAACCAGGCACCACGGCCUGCCCUCGUCCAGAACCAGGCACCACGGCCUGCCCUCGUCCAGAACCAGGCACCACGGCUUGCCCCCGUCCAGAACCAGGCACCACGGCCUGCCCCCUGUCCUGAACCAGGCACCACGGCCUGCCCCCUGUCCUGAACCAGGCACCACGGCCUGCCCCCUGUCCUGAACCAGGCACCACGGCCUGCCCCCUGUCCUGAACCAGGCACCACGGCCUGCCCCCUGUCCUGAACCAGGCACCACGGCCUGCCCCCUGUCCUGAACCAGGCACCACGGCCUGCCCCCUGUCCUGAACCAGGCACCACGGCCUGCCCCCUGUCCUGAACCAGGCACCACGGCCUGCCCCGUCCGAACCAGGCACCACGGCCUGCCCUCGUCCAGAACCAGGCACCACGGCCUGCCCCGUCCAGAACCAGGCACCACGGCCUGCCCCCUGUCCUGAACCAGGCACCACGGCCUGCCCCCUGUCCUGAACCAGGCACCACGGCCUGCCCCCUGUCCUGAACCAGGCACCACGGCCUGCCCCCUGUCCUGAACCAGGCACCACGGCCUGCCCCCUGUCCUGAACCAGGCACCACGGCCUGCCCCCUGUCCUGAACCAGGCACCACGGCCUGCCCCCUGUCCUGAACCAGGCACCACGGCCUGCCCCCUGUCCUGAACCAGGCACCACGGCCUGCCCCCUGUCCUGAACCAGGCACCACGGCCUGCCCUCGUCCAGAACCAGGCACCACGGCCUGCCCUCGUCCAGAACCAGGCACCACGGCCUGCCCUCGUCCAGAACCAGGCACCACGGCCUGCCCCCCGUUCUGAACCAGGCACCACAGCCUGCCCCCCGUCCUGAACCAGGCACCACUGCCACCACACCAGUGUUAAGCCGCAGAAACCCAGCAAUACACUGCCUACAUAAGAGCUAUUGGGGCAAAGCUGUACAGUUCCUAGGUUUGUGCAUGCUAAAGGGUAAACAACCCUUUGUGGCUCACAAAUCUGAAUGUGAAUUCAGUGUUGAGAUUCUGAAACAGAAUUUAGGGUAAAAUUGGUUAUAUCAUCGUUUCUAUACUUUGUGCAAGUGGUUCACUAUAUUUUAAGACUGUGUUUUUUUUGUUUUUUUUGCUCAGUACAUGGAAAGCUGCUUUGUCAACAGAACAAAAAUAGCUACAUUCCUUUGUAGAGUACAACACUUGUCUAUUGUAUUUAUUUAAACUGUAUUCUAAAUUUUUGUUGCUGAGUCAAAAUUGCAGGAAUGUAAAAACAUGUGGACACAAAGUCCUCUGUGAACUUUACAAAAAAAACUUCCAAUCUUUAUUAUAAUCCAAAACAGUUGGCCAUCAAGGAGAUUCAAUUUGUUACCCUAAUGGCUAGAGCUGCACUGUCACGCCAAACCGGCCUAUCUCCUAUCGCUUCCUCUUCUCUUCCUCUCUCAGAAUCUGUUCUUCUUUUCUUCAUUUCUGAUCUAGUUUUCUUUAAAAUGUAAGAUAAAGUAGGGACUACUUUGUCUUAUGUCUUUUUCUUACGCCUGACAUUCUCUGACCAAAAAAGAAGUUUAAGUCGGCUCCAUUUCCUGUGUCUAGGAGGAGGGUGAGUAUUCUGGGAAUACUUUCUUUGACAUGGGAGAUGUAGCUGAAUUAAGCUCCUCCUUUGGUCAGAGAAUGUCAGGCGUAGGAAAAAUACAUAAGACAAAGUAGUACCUACUUAUUUACGUUUUAAAGAAAACUAGAUCAGAAAUUGAGAAAAUAAGAACAGAUUCUGAGAGGGUAAGAGAAGAGGAAGCAAUAGGAGAAAGAUAAGUUUGGUGUGACGGUGCCAAUUCAAGUUGUGGAGCUGAAAUGGAUUUUUGACUCCUGUAUAUUGUGUACGUGGUUCCCCCACCUCCCCAGUAUUUCCAAUUUGGAAUUAGAUUGUCAUGCUUUUAUGUCUAAGUCUAUUCUUUAAUAAUUUUUAAAUAUUUUUCCUCAGACGUUUAACUCCACCAAUGUCACUCGCCUGUGUCCAGAUGCCAGGUGCCAGUUUGCCUUCUACGGAGGAGAAACCUAUUACCACAAAUACCUUAUCGUCUUUCAAAUCUACAAUGCUUUCAUGUUCCUUUGGUUGGCUAACUUUGUCAUAGCACUGGGGCAAGUAACACUUGCUGGGGCGUUUGCCUCCUAUUACUGGGCGUUUAAGAAGCCGGAUGACAUGCCAGCUUUCCCCAUCUUCUCUUCUCUGGGCCGGGCACUGAGGUAAGAUGGUCCUGACCAUAAUGUAGAUCAUCCUAUUGGGUGGGUACACCGUAAACGAACUCACCGCUUUUCCUGUGAUGCUUUGUUGCUGCAGGUACCAUACAGGAUCUUUGGCCUUUGGAUCUCUUAUUCUCGCCAUAGUGCAGUUAAUACGAAUUAUGCUGGAAUAUCUGGAUCACAAACUCAAAGGUAAGACCGCUUUUAAUGGGGCAGGUUAUCCCAUCACUUUACAACCGUCAUUGCUGUCCAAGGUUGGAAAGGUUUGGUGAUGGUGGACAAGUCAUUGUUUGAGUGACAACCAAGGGCCUGGGCUUUGGUUGCUGGAAGAGCAAUGUUGUUUUGUCAAAAUCAUGGUGGAACACCCAAAGACUCUCCCUGCACCAUCACCACUACACCAUAUAUAAUUUAUGGUAGUAAUGAGUAAUAGAAUAAUGUAGAAACCACAUAGUUUUCUCUCUGCCAUUUCCACUCCUCUCUACCCUUGAACAGCAUGCUGCUUGCUCUCUGCAGGAUCUAAAUAAAAACCUAGCAGAGCACAAGUUAUUGCCAGAUAUUCAAUAAUUUAAUACUCUUAUCACCCUUCUUUCCCUCUAGGGGCAGAGAAUAAAUGUGCACGCUUCCUCCUUUGCUGCUUGAAAUGCUGCUUCUGGUGUCUAGAGAAGUUUAUCAAGUUUCUAAAUCGUAAUGCAUAUAUCAUGGUAAGCACCAUAAAGACAUUAUUAUCAGAUAAUGUAUGGAACAGGACAUGGGGAGUAUCAGAUAAUGUAUGGGACAGGAGGUGGGGAGUAUAAGAUAAUGUAUGGGACAGGAGGUGGGGAGUAUAAGAUAAUGUAUGGGACAGGAGGUGGGGAGUAUAAGAUAAUGUAUGGGACAGGACAUGGGGAGUAUCCGAUAAUGUGGGGAGUAUCAGAUAAUGUAUGGGACAGGAGGUGAGGAGUAUCAGAUAAUGUAUGGGACAGGAGGUGGGGAGUAUAAGAUAAUGUAUGGGACAGGAGGUGGGGAGUAUAAGAUAAUGUAUGGGACAGGACAUGGGGAGUAUCAGAUAAUGUAUAGGACAGGACGUGGGGAGUAUCCGAUAAUGUGGGGAGUAUCAGAUAAUGUAUGGGACAGGAGGUGGGGAGUAUAAGAUAAUGUAUGGAACAGGAGGUGGGGAGUAUAAGAUAAUGUAUGGGACAGGACGUGGGGAGUAUCAGAUAAUGUGGGGAGUAUCAGAUAAUGUAUAGGACAGGAGGUGGGGAGUAUCAGAUAAUGUAUGGGACAGGAGGUGGGGAGUAUAAGAUAAUGUAUGGGACAGGACGUGGGGUGUAUCAGAUAAUGUAUGGGACAGGACGUGGGGUGUAUCAGAUAAUGUGGGGAGUAUCAGAUAAUGUAUGGGACAGCAGGUGGGGAGUAUCAGAUAAUGUAUGGGACAGGACAUGGGGAGUAUCAGAUAAUGUAUGGGACAGGACGUGGGGUGUAUUAGAUAAUGUAUGGGACAGGACGUGGGGUGUAUCAGAUAAUGUAUGGGACAGGAUGUGGGGUGUAUCAGAUAAUGUAUGGGACAGGACGUGGGGAGUAUCAGAUAAUGUAUGGGACAGGACGUGGGGUGUAUCAGAUAAUGUAUGGGACAGGACGUGGGGUGUAUCAGAUAAUGUAUGGGACAGGAGUGGGGUGUAUCAGAUAAUGUAUGGGACAGGGCGUGGGGAGUAUCAGAUAAUGUAUGGGACAGGAGGUGGGGAGUAUCAGAUAAUGUAUGGGACAGGACGUGGGGAGUAUCAGAUAAUGUAUGGGACAGGACGUGGGGAGUAUCAGAUAAUGUAUGGGACAGGACGUGGGGAGUAUCAGAUAAUGUAUGGGACAGGACGUGGGGAGUAUCAGAUAAUGUAUGGGACAGGACGUGGGGAGUAUCAGAUAAUGUAGGUGACAGGACGUGGGGUGUAUCAGAUAAUGUAUGGGACAGGAGGUGGGGAGUAUCAGAUAAUGUAUGGGACAGGACGUGGGGUGUAUCAGAUAAUGUAUGGGACAGGACGUGGGGUGUAUCAGAUAAUGUAUGGGACAGGACGUGGGGUGUAUCAGAUAAUGUAUGGGACAGGACGUGGGGUGUAUCAGAUAAUGUAUGGGACAGGAUGUGGGGUGUAUCAGAUAAUGUAUGGGACAGGGCGUGGGGAGUAUCAGAUAAUGUAUGGGACAGGAGGUGGGGAGUAUCAGAUAAUGUAUGGGACAGGACGUGGGGAGUAUCAGAUAAUGUAUGGGACAGGACGUGGGGAGUAUCAGAUAAUGUAUGGGACAGGACGUGGGGAGUAUCAGAUAAUGUAUGGGACAGGACGUGGGGAGUAUCAGAUAAUGUAUGGGACAGGACGUGGGGAGUAUCAGAUAAUGUAUGGGACAGGACGUGGGGUGUAUCAGAUAAUGUAUGGGACAGGACGUGGGGUGUAUAAGAUAAUGUAUGUGAUCUAUUUAAUGUAAGCGGCAUUAUGUAGUGUAGAGUAAAGAUGUGGCGGUGGACCCUAAAAUCCAACCAAUAGACCGCAGGAUCUGUGACAAAUGCUGUAUCUUUUACAGAUAGCAAUAUAUGGCACCAACUUCUGCACAUCAGCUCGAAAUGCCUUCUUCCUGCUCAUGAGGAACAUUAUUCGGUGAGUAAGCUCAGAGAUGGCAUACUGCUUGGGCAUCAAGGGUGCACAGUUUGCUUGGGAACCCAAACCUGCCUCAGAUGUUCUGAACUGUGUAAAUCCUCCUGCGGUAACCCUGUCUCUCUCUCCGUCCACAGCGUGGCCGUCCUGGAUAAAGUCACAGAUUUCUUGCUUUUCCUCGGGAAACUUCUGAUAGUAGGUUGCGUGGGUAAGUAUGAAAGUCUCCUGUUGUGUGAGUCUCACUGGGUUUAUUGCGCCAUAUUAAAGGUACUCUGUACACUCAGCACAAUGCCAUUAAGAUUGUUUUGGGGGCUGCAGUCACAUUCAUACGUUUAAUUAUGUAUUUUUUUUAUUGGGGGGUAUAUCUUAAAACUACUUGCAAAAGCUGCAGAUCUCUUGUCUGCAGCCUUUGCAGAGAUGGUGCUCUGUUCAUUUGCUGCCUCUUGAGUUGAGCUUCACUGAGCUAAACAAUCCAGGAAGUAACAUUACCUGUUGUCUGAUUGAAAGCCAGGGGGUGUAACCAGGUUAAUUUAUAAAAGUGUCAAUUUCUAUUGAAAUCUGCACUUUUUGCAAAAUGAAAAAAUAGGACACACUAUUCUUAAAUAAAGCUUUUCAGCCAGCUAAAGUGGUUUAGGGUUCUGGAGUGUCCUUUUAAUGUGUUAACCCUCUUUCAAAUGGAUUAACCGCAAAGUUGAGGCCCGGCUCCUAAUCUCAGCUGCUGUACUCAUGAAUUGAUGCUUUGGGUGCAGGUGAUGGGAUGAAGUUGUUGUUUUGAGGGUAGAUAAUUUUAAAAAAAAAUGUGUUUUUAAAAAAAAAAAAUUAUUCUUUUUUUUAUUAAACAUUCCAUCAUUACAAAACCGCAUGUAGCAAGUUAUAUAUAAGCAGUACAAUAAAAAUAUAGUCUCUUUAGUGUAAUGCCAUGCAUCUAAUAUCCAAUUCUACUUUUAACCCAUUGAACAGGUCACUGUGCUCCCCAGUGGGAUUGACUAUUUUACCCAUUAAACAUUAGAGCUGUUGUGCUAGCUGUUGCAAUUAAUCUCUCUCAUAUGGUUUAGAUUAACUUGGUGUCAAUGUUUUGCAGGUAUUCUCGCAUUCUUCUUCUUUACCCAUCGGAUCCGUAUUGUGCAGGACACGGCGCCAACUCUCAAUUAUUACUGGGUUCCAAUCCUGGUGAGUUGGAUCACAAUGACCUUUUCCCAGAAUCCUCUGUUUAUAAUAUGGAUUCCAGCAUGCAGCAGUAAUGCUUGUGUAUUUCUGAGCACUCGUCAUGACACUUGAAGCCGGUGAAAAUUUUUGGAAUUUUAGCUUGAUCUUUGGUGUGACCAUUUAACCCCUUAAGGACACAUGACAUGCCUGACAUGUCAUUAUUUCCUUUUAUUCCAGAAGUUUGGUCCUUAAGGGGUUAAAGGGAUUCAAGGCCUUCAUGUAGCCUUGUGCUACUGACCAUUUCCCAGGGAUAAUAAUCUGCUAAUUUGAAAUUCAUUUUUGUCUCUGCUGGUUGUUUUGUGGAAUUUGUUUUUCCCGCUCAAAUUAUUUAAAUGGAGUAAAAAUAUUGAUACACGAUAACACAACAUUCAUAGGGAAUUAGGAGAAAAAUUAACGUGUAUAUAUUUGUACAUACAAAUAAAAUUGACAGAAACCUUGCAUGACUGCUUUGAAAUAGAUAACAUGUCAGACUUUGUCAAGAAAAAGAGUUUACAUAAAGUUAUCUCUAUACCAUCUAUCUAUAGAAGUAUAUCAAUAGAUAUGUAUUUUUAAAGGAACGCUAUCGCAUUAGGAAUAUAAACAUGGAUUCCUAACACUAUAGUGUCCUGAGACCUAGCUAGGUGUAUGUCCCUGUGUUGGUGCUAAAUAAAUGCUAAAAAAAACAUUCUCAAUAUAUUAAACCUGCAAUGUAAACAUUGCCGUUCCUAAAGAUUGACAAGAUUUUACAAUGCAGGCUUGGACAGACGGGGACACUGCACUCUCUAGCCUUUAAAACAUCUUCUCUGAGGGUAAAAAAAAAUCCUUUAAUCCGAGACCCAAAAGAUGCCAGGAUAGGAGGUUUAACGAUGGAAACAGGUUGCCUUAGCAUGUAAAUCAUAUUCUUUAAUAAAAUGCAGUGGAUUUUGUAAGGGUAGGGAAUGAUUAAAACUGAAAAUUACGUUUUUUGGGGGUUUUUUUGUAGUCACUAUUAACACAUGUACAGCUAGUGUUUAUAGAACAUUGAAUUGUAAACUGAUUUUUGUUUGUUGAAAAAGGAAAAACAACUUAGGACUACUUUACAUUCAGUUCCCAUUUCUUUAGUAUUCCCUGGAAACUGCAAUAUAUCCAGUCUGUCUUCAAACUUGCAUAUCCAACACUCCUAACACUUGAUAUAAUCGGUCUGUUGUGAGCCAGUUGCAAUUAUCACCUGUUAAGGAAUGUUUUAUUACACGCCUUCCAGAAUGAAAAAGUUGACAUCUAUAGUGGAUAAAAACUGACUAAUGAAAACUGAUUAAACUUGUUCCUUCCUUCUCCUCAGACGGUGGUUAUUGGAUCCUACCUAAUCGCUCACGGCUUUUUCAGCGUGUAUGCGAUGUGUGUAGACACACUCUUCCUGUGUUUCUGUAAGUAUUUGUUACAUCCAGGUAAUAAAUAAUAUACAUCGAUGUGAUUUAGGGUGGAUGGGUAGAUAAACUGGUUGCAGAGCUUGCAGUCUAACUGAAUCCUAACCUUUCUGUUUCAAUCUGAUUUAAUAUGGUGAUAGUCUCUACUAUACUAAUCUUAUUUUCUUGUUUUCCAUUUCUCUUUUAAAUCCCUAAACCUCUCGCUCAUCACUUUGCCUCUAUCUAUUUUUCUGCUUCUCUUUCCUUCUGACUUGCGUGCUUCCCUCACCUUUUCUAUCUUACGUUGAUCGUCCUUGGGGGGCUGAUCAUAAUCAAGGUGAAGAUCUGGAGAGGAAUGAUGGCUCCUUGGAGAGACCUUAUUACAUGUCUCCAGAACUCCGAGAGAUCCUGCUCAAAAACAACCCUGAAACGUUAAAAUCCAGCGAGACUGAGAGCUGAAGGAAGGCUGGUGGUCAAACUAUAAAACUCUUACAGGCAAAGGAAAGAACUUCAGAAGAAUAUCUGCUCUACUCUCCCAAAUCGACUGUCCCCUUCUCUAUACCUCAAUCUCAGAUGAUCAGCAUGUGUUGGGAAUGGUGGCAUCUAGACAUGGUCUCCUGGUCACAAAUGUGCGGUGCAUUAUAUGGCAUUAAAUUCUAAACACUAUGGAGAUAGUCCUGCAUUAUACUGUCUAUCAUAGGCCUUCACAGCCUCUGUAUAUAAGAAUCUAUUCUUUAAUACUCCUUCAUAAAACAUUGCCAACAACUAGUGCCUUCUUAUAACUACUGCAUGACCCAGUUUUUAAAUUAAACAUCUCUCUUUUUGUAUUUUUUACUCCCCCCUUUUUUACAUCUUACUCCACUCUAAUUCUUUCUCUCUACCCGCUUCCAUUGCCUUUUCCUCCUUCUACACUACUUGUCCUACCCCAUGCAGUGGAAGACUUAGAAAGGAACGAUGGGUCGACCGAGAAACCGUACUUCAUGGCCCCAAAUCUCCAGAAACUCUUAAACAAAAAGAACAAAAGUGCAGACGAAAAAUAGUUCUUGCAUUAUGUUAUAUUAAUGUCCUGUUGCCUUCAGCACCAACCAGAAGAGGAGAAUGAGGCCUGACCGUAAUGGAUAUAUUGCUUUGUGUGUGUACAUUUCUAAGAGCUGUAUGUAUAUACACAUGUAUAUGCACUUUUAUUUAUGGAAGCGGGUUUUAGACUUGCAUUUGUAUGUACACUUUAUUACCCAUAUGUAUUUGUGUCGGUAUGAACAUGGAAUUCCUUUUGUACACAUGCUGCUCUGUGCUUACAGAUCAACGUGAUAAUUUACAUAUAUAUGUUAAGCAUACAUACCUUUUUUAAAUCAUCAGUAACACGUGUACAUUGUUCACAAACGCAAUGCAAACUCUUUUCUCAUCUAUAAACCCAGUCAGCUUUUAUAAAAUCCGUUAACCAAAUGUUAUGCCUUUUGUGGAUCCUGGAAAGAACACAAUAACUAAUCGGUGCACAGGUAUUUAUAACAGAGCUUGUGUGAUGUUAACUGGACUAGGUUUAAUUCUGUGUUUUAAGAGUCAUUACCAUUGAAGAUUUUCUGUUUUGUUUUUUGUUUUAUAUUUGCAUGACGAUUUGUGCGUUUUUGUAUAUGUAUAUAUAAACAUAACACAGGCUGAAAUGUUUACGAAAAAUACCAAAUAUUACUAGGCGAAUAAGUAUUUGUAUAAAAUUGUCCCUCGAUCAAUGUAUUGAAUGAAGCAAAAAAUAAUAAACGCAGAUUUUUUUUUUGUAUA